GUGCCAUAAAUGUGUGCACUGAAGUCCUUCAUCUCCAUGGUCACGUAUAGAACCAGUCAUUAAUGUUUAAUAAAGAAUAGAAGCUGGCUAUAAGAACCAGCUGCAAGCCUGGCAGUGAUACCAUCACUGAGGGAAAAGGCAAACGGUACUGAUGUAAGGGUGCUCUGGUACAUAACUAAACUAUUUAAUGGAAUAAGAAGCAUGUUUGUGUCUUGAUGUUUGCCUGGAAGGAAGAGUGAUGCUGGCAUGAUGGUACAGUAAAGAUUUCUGAUUUUUCUUCACAGUGAUGUUCAGUCAGGAUGGAUGAAGCUGAAGACAGCAUUGCAGUGGUGGGCAUUGGAUGCAAUUUUCCAGGCGGAGAAGGGCUUGACAAUUUCUGGAAGGUUCUGGUGGAUGGCAGAAACUGUUCUGUGACUAUUCCCAAGGAGAGGUUUGACUUAGCCAGCUGGUAUGACCCCGAUGACAACAAAGCGGGGAAAUCCCGUACGGCCAAGGCUGCUCUCAUUGAUGGGUUCAAUGAAUUUGAUCACAAGUUCUUCGGCAUCAGUGACAGUGAGGUGGAACAAAUGGAUCCUCAACAAAAACAGCUCCUUCAGUGUGUCUACAGGGCUUUAGAAAAUGCUGGAAUUCCCAUGGAGAAAGCCAGUGGGACCAGGACCGGAGUGUUUUUUGGCUUAAUGAACAGAGAUUAUGAAACAAAUGCUGCACACGUGCACCCAAGUGUGAUCAACCACUGGACUGGCACAGGGCUUGCCAUGAGUAUAGCUGCAAACAGAGUCUCAUACAUCUUCAACUUCACUGGACCCUCGCUGUCCAUAGACUGUGCCUGCUCCUCAUCUCUUGUGGCUCUUCAUCUUGCCUGCCAAUCCAUUAAACAAGGUGAUUGUGACAUGGCUGUUUGUGGAGGUGUCAGCUGUAUAAUAGAGCCAAGAGUGUUUGUUGCUCUCAGCAAGGCUAAGAUGAUCUCACCUGAGGGUACAAGCAAACCUUUCUCCAGCAGAGCAGAUGGCUAUGGUAGAGGGGAGGGCUGCGGGGUUGUUCUCCUGAAGCCUCUGAAAAAGGCUAAAGAAGAUCAUGACCAUAUCUGGGGUGUCAUCAGUAAAACAGCUGUCAACCAAGAUGGACAUUCAGUCACACCAAUCACCAAACCCUCCAUGGUUCAACAAGAGGAGCUGCUGCGAAGAAUCUACUCAGAGGGUGACCUCGCAAAUGUCCAGUACAUAGAAGCACAUGGGACUGGGACCCCAGCUGGAGACCCAAUAGAGGCAGCAAGCAUCUCAAAUGUCAUUGCUAAAGCCAGACCUCCUGGUUCAGAGAUACUACAGAUUGGCUCAGUGAAGGGCAACAUUGGACACACAGAAUCUGCAGCUGGGGUGGCUGGACUCAUUAAGGUACUCUUAAUGAUGAAGCAUGAGACUAUAGUUCCCUCAGUUUACUACUCUGAAGACAGUGCCAGUGUAGAUGCCAAAAUGCUGAACAUUCAAGUUCCUAAGGAAACAGAAAAGUGGGAAGUCUUUGGUGCUAGAAUUGCAGGAGUGAACAACUUUGGCUUUGGGGGGACAAAUGCCCAUGCCAUUGUCAAACAACACAAACAGUCAGCCACUAGACAACGGAUUAUGGAGACGCAACCAAAGUACUUUGUCUUGUCUGCUAAUUCAGCAAAAUCUCUCAACCUGAUGAUGGAAGACACUAUUAAACAGCUAGCAGCGGAUACUGAAGUUGAUCUAGAUUCUCUGUUGUACACAUCUGCUUGCAGGAGGAGCCAUCUAAAACAUAAAUACAGAAAGGCCAUUGAGGUUUCAUCUGUAAUUGAUCUUAGGGAAAAGUUAAGUGCUGUUGUUGGCAGAAAUAUCAGUUUAUCCUACUUAGAGCCAAGGUUAGUGUUCGUCUUCUGUGGAAAUGGCGUCACUUACCAUGGCAUGUGCAGCCAGCUACUAAAACGCGAGCCUGUAUUCAGAAAUAAGAUAAUAGAGAUUGAGCAACUUUUCCAAAGCUUGAGUACACUGAACAUCCUGGAAUCCCUUGAGAGUGAGCUUGAGAGCAGUGACUUCAAAAACCCAGAUGUUAUUCAGCCGCUCCUCUUUGCCAUCCAGGUUGCCAUUACCACCCUACUCAGACACUGGGGUGUCAAGCCAGACGCCAUACUAGGACACUCUAUAGGUGAGGUUGCAGCAGCUCACUGUUCUGGCCUUUUGUCUCUUGAGGACGCAGUAAAAGUCAUCUAUUUCCGCAGCACUCUCCAGAGCAAAGUUACUGGGGGAAAGAUGCUUGUGAUCAGCAACAUGGCUGUAUCAGAGGUAACUCGUUUACUCCCUCGCUACUCUGGUAGAAUUUGCCUUGCUGCUUUUAACAGCCCGCAGUCCUGCACCCUCUCAGGUGAUGUAGAUGCAAUUAAGAGUAUCCAUGAAGAGCUAACUAUCUCAGCCAGUAGUCAGAAUCUGUUCCUUCAUGAACUGGAUGUCCCUGCUGCUUAUCACAGCCAUAUGAUGGAUCCAAUUCUGUCAGAAAUGGUGGAGAGAAUUGGCUCCUUACAGGUAAACAAUAUUGACACAGAACUGUUCUCAACAGUAACAGGCAAGAAAAUCCAACAGGGAGAUUUCUGCACAGGUGAAUACUGGGCUAGAAACAUUCGUGAGCCAGUUUCUUUUGAGGAAGCAGUGAGAGUGGCAGCUAAAGGAAAGAAGAAUACAGUCUUUGUAGAGAUAGGGCCAAGAAGGGCACUACAGAGAAACAUCAUGGAAUGUCUGGGUAAUGACACAGCUGUCCUUACCUCGGUUCAGCCAGAGAAAGAUCAUAAAACAAUUGUGUCCGUUGUUUCUAAGUUGUUCGAGCUGGGUGUUCAGGUAGAUUGGAACACCUUCUACAGAGGUUAUGAGAGAGUGCCACUGCCAUUCCCAAAAUAUCAGUUUGACUGCUCAGACAGAGAUGUUAUCAUUGGAGCAGCACAGAAAAACACAGCAAGUAAUCAUCCUGUGCUCUGUCAGACAGGAAGUGAAAGCAAUGUUUUCAGCUGUAAUCUGACGCCUGACUCUUCUUUCUACUUGAAAGAGCACAGGCACAAUGAUAUACCUAUCAUCCCUGGUGCCUUCUAUGUUGAGUUGGGUUUAGCCGCAGUCAUGGCCAGUGCCAAACCAAAAGUACCACUCAACUCACUACAGCUCAGUGUCAGUUUUCACAGUCCAUUUGUUUUAACCCAGAGUUCACCUGAAAUGAAGGUGCAACUGGAACAGUCAGAGAGAGAAACUGGUUUCACUAUAUUCUCCCCAGCUGCAGUCUAUGCAUCAGGCACAGUGGUUUUCAAAAAAGAGAGGCCGAUUGAGGUGCAGUGCAUUUCACUGAGCUCCAUAUUAAAAAGAUGCAAAUCUGUUGUGAGUUCUCAAGAGUUCUAUGGGUAUCUCUCUCAAGGUGGCUUUCAGUAUGGAGACAUUUUCCGGAAUAAGGCGGAUGUGCACUACGGAGAAGAGCUAAAGGAGGCUUUUGCUUUUGUCACAGUUCAAGAAGAACUGCGCUCUCAGUUGCAUGACUACUGCAUUCAUCCUGUUGUGUUGGAUUUUCUGAUGCAGCUUCUCCCAGUUACAGUAGAGCAUAUGUUUGCUGGUAGGCCAGGAUUUCCUGCCAAAAUAGGAAGUCUGGCUGUGUUUGAACCCUUACAAGAUGAGAUGAUUGUCUACCUGCGAGCAAUUGAUGUGGGAAUUGAUCACUUUGAGGUUUGUGGUUGCUUUGCAGAUAAAGAAGGCAGAGUGUUGGUUGAGGUUAAGCAUGUGAUGAUCAAGUACCUUGACAGUCACUCUCAUAUGGUUGAGGAGUGCUUCUACCAUAAUACCUUCAGUAUCAUCCCCAAAAUGACCACAUCUGCUCCUCCUCCUGUGGCCUUGGUCUUCUCUGAUCAUAUGGGGAUCUCCAAGGGCCUGCAACAACAUUUGGAUUCAAGAUCUUCAUAUGUUUCCUUCACACAUGCAAAAGAUAUCUUGAGCCGUGGGUUUCCAUCUCUCUUGGCAAAUCUCAACAUCACAGAUAUUGAGAAAAACAUUGAUGAGGUCUUAUUUUUGUGGGGCAAAGAAAACCUCACUUCACUGGCAGCUGAUGAUGUCCUGGAGAAUUUGUCGAGCUGUUGUGAGAUUUUCCGCCAAAUAGUCCUUGAACUCAAGAGGAUUCACUUCCCGAACUCCAUCAGAGCAGUAACUUACUGUUCAUCAGACAUCACUGUAGACCACAUAAGUCCCGGUUUUGCUCUCACUGGCAUGAUGAGAUCAUUCGCUGCAGAGAUACCAGAUCUUGCAUUUCAGCUGAUUGAUAUAGGUACGAUCUCUGAAUAUGACAUAGCAGUUCUGUCUGAAGUACUAAAAUCGUAUCCUUGCAGCAAGUACCCAGAACUGGUGGUAAAAGACAGACUGAUUUGGAAACCAUCCAUUGUCCAUACCCUACCUGAAAUCAUUGACAGUUCUAAGAGCAGGUAUACUGCUAUGAUGUCUGGUCCCUGCAUCCUUCAGACAGCAGAUGCACAUACGUUUACUCAACUGAGUGCCAUUCACUUUGAUGAAGAGGCUGGGCCAAUCAGCAACACUUCAGUUGAGAUUCAGCCCAGUAAAAUCUGUGCUCAUUCUUCUGAUUACUUCCCUGUCAGUACUUCACAAUUGAAAUUUGGCCACACACUGUACUGGAACAAACAUUCUUCUCAGAAACACAAGCUACUGGCUCUUGAUUUCAGUGGUACUGUUACAGCAGUUGGAAAAGAUGUCAAGAAAUUCAAAGUGGGAGAUCACGUUGCUUCCUGUUACCCUGUGGUGGCAGCCAGCAAGGUCAGAGUUCCAGAGGGUGUAUGUUACAGCACCAAACGAUUCCCAUUCUUUAAGAAAACACCCUGUGUUUCCUUUUUUGUGCUAGCAUGGGAGAUCCUGCGUCGAGCCUUGGCCAGAACCAGGUGGGAUCUAGGAAUCAUAUCCUCUGUCCCUGACUCUGCUCUGGUGAAAGUCUUGGCCCUUACUUUUUACAAAUCAGGUUGGAAUGUGGUUGUCGGCACACAAUGCAACGGCUCGUUUGUAGAUUUCAAGCAAAUGGAUAUGUUCAUCAUCCUACCGCCAUUUGAUGAACACCUAAUUGCUAAAAUUUGCAACUUUCCAGGAGUCCAACAUGUUGUCAUUAUCUGUGAAACACAGAGGUGGGAUUUGCUUACUCAGGAACUGUUCCAAAGUGUAAAGGAAGGUGUUCACGUGCAGACAAUUCAGAUACCCAUCCUUUUGCAAAAGGGAUCCUUGAGUGCACAAAGACCACAUAUUUAUCCUUGGCUCAAGUCCUUGAACUUGAGCAGGAAAUUUGCUCUUGAAAGCUUUAUUUUUCAGAGCAUGAAAUCUGACAGCAUCAAAAGCCUUCAUGCUGAGACACCUGAGUCGUACUUCAGCUCUAAGAAAUUAGCUGUUGUGAGUCUGGAAAAAGAUGUCACAGGCACGCUGUCUGAGAUUCCAUUGCUACCAACAAAAAAAACGCUUUUCCGAAAGAGAGCAGUUUAUAUAGUGGCAGGUGGUCUUUCUGGGCUGGGCUUUGAAACAGUCAAGUUCAUCUCACAAAGAGGAGGUGAGUUUAUUGUCAUACUCUCUAGGAGCAAGCCCACACCAGAUGUGCAGCAAGAAAUACGCAAUGUAGAGAAACAGUGUGGAAACAGCAUCACUAGCAUGGAGUGUGACAUAUCUGUGUCUGAUCAUGUAUACAAGGUUAUCAGUCUCAUCAGCCACAGGUUCCCUAGUUGUCAAAUUAGGGGAGUGUUUCACAGUGCAGUUGUCUUGCAUGACGGGCUGAUAGAGACCCUUAACAGAUCUCUCUAUGAGAAAGUUUUUAAACCCAAAGUAAAUGGUGCACUGAAUUUGCACCAUGCAACAAAACACUGUCAGUUAGAUUACUUUGUGUGCUACUCCUCCAUCUCAGCUUUCCUAGGAAAUGCAUCACAAACAAACUAUGCAGCAGCCAACUCAUUCCUUGACAUGUUCUGUCAGUACAGGCGCAAACUUGGGCUACCAGGUCAGUCUAUCAAUUGGGGAGCUCUGAACCUUGGUCUUCUCUUGAACAAGGAGCAUUUUCAUCGAUUUCUGGAGGCAAAAGGGAUGAUGGUGUUGGAUGUGGCUGAAAUUCAUAAAAGCUUGGAGCAAUGCCUUACACUCAACCGACCCCAACAGGCUGUUUGUAGGUUUCACUUCAGAAACAUCAGGUACAACAUCCUUUCUCAAAAUGCAGCCUUGACCAUGCGCCUGUCUGCACUGGUGGAGGAGGCUUUCCAAAACUCCAGGGAGAUAGAUUCACAAACUAAACAAGCUGACACAGUUUCACCAAAAAAAUAUGUCAUUUCUCUGCUUAGCGAGGUCAUUGGUAUAGAACAGAGUGAACUGAGCGAGGACUCACUUCUUUCAUCCUUAGGCGCUGACUCCAUGCAGGCCAUGACUCUGCAGAACUUGAUCUUUCAGGAGAGAGGUGUAAAUGUGCCUUUGGUGAAACUGUUGGAUCCCAAUGCCACACUAUCAACAGUGGUAGAUAUACUGAGUGAAGGGGCAGAAGGUGAAAAUUUCAGUGAUAUCCCAAAUUCUCUUCUAGCUGAAGAUGUGGAUCAUGUUUCAACCAGACUGUAAAAAUUACAAAUGCAGACAAAGACAUUUUUUAAAUUUACAUUUUAUGAAUGCAGAAGACCAAGUACAGACAUUCCAAAAACACACAGACAGUAGAUCAGAGGUUACAAACCAAAGAAUUCGAUAUAUAUAAAUAGAAUUGUUAAUAAAAUCAUUGCAUCAAAUACAAGAACUUGUACACAAGUAUUACAUUUUAUACUGGCUUUGAAUCUUGGAUAGUGUAGCACCAAUUAAAGUAUAAUC